AAAUUUGCCAUUGCCCAUGACAGCCCUGUGCAGUAUCGUAACUAAUGGGAGCAAAGAGCUUUACUCUUCAAUCUCAAAAGCAUUAACUUCGACGACAAACCUGAAAUACCUCCAAAAAAUCCAUUCCUUUAUAGUCGCCGUUGGUUUACAAAGAUCUGUGUUUUUCUCUGGCAAAUUAAUAGCUAAAUACUCCCAGUUCAAAGAUCCACACUCGUCUGUAUGGAUAUUUCGUGUAAAUUCACCCACGGACAAUGUAUAUAUGUGGAAUACACUUAUUAGAGCAAUGACGCACAAUGGUUUAUUUAUAGAAGCAUUAGAGUUUUACAAACGGAUGAGACAAUCCAAGGUUGAACCCGAUAAACACACUUUUCCUUCUGUUAUUAACGCGUGCGGGAGUCUGAUGGAUUUGGAGAUGGGGAAUCUGGUUCACAAGCAUGUUUUGAAAGUGGGUUUCAAAUCCGAUUUGUAUAUCAAUAAUGCCCUGAUUGAUAUGUAUUCAAGGUGUAACGUGUUGCCCAAAGCACAAGAAUUGUUCAAUGAAAUGCCUCAGAGAGAUCUGGUUACUUGGAAUAGUCUGAUCUCAGGUUAUAGCUCGAAUGGGUAUUGGUUGGAGGCAUUGGAAACAUAUUUUCAAUUAAGAAUGUUGGGUUUAGUGCCUGACUUGUUUACAUUUUCUAGCGUUUUACAAGCGUGUGGUGGAUUAGGGGAGGUUGACGAGGGCCAGAUGCUUCAUGGUUUUGCGGAAAAGAUAGGGAUUAAGAAGGGCGUGAUUGUCUGCAACGGGUUGCUUUCAAUGUAUUUUAAACUUGAUAGGCUAACGGAGUCUUGGAGGAUUUUUUAUGAGAUGGUUGUUAAAGAUACUGUCACCUGGAAUACCAUGAUUUGCGGGUAUUCCGAGUCUGGUUUGUACGAAGAGUCUAUCAGGUUGUUUUUGGAAAUGGUGAGUCAAUUUGAACCUGAUAUGUUGACAAUAACAUCUGUUCUUCGCGCAUGCUCUUACAUUGGGGACCUAAAGUUGGGAAGAUAUGUCCAUGACUAUAUGGUUAAGAAUGGAUAUGAAUGUGAUACCAUGGCUAGUAAUAUUAUUAUUAACAUGUAUGCCAAAUGUGGUGAUUUAUUGGGUUCAAGGCGAGUUUUUGAGAGCAUGACAACUAAAGAUUCGGUAUCAUGGAACUCACUAAUGAACGGUUAUAUUGAGAAUGGUCUUUAUAAUGAAGCAACGGAGCUUUUUAGGAGGAUGAGGAUGAAUUUGCAACCUGAUUCUGUCACUUUUGUGACACUUCUAUCUAAUUGCACACAAUUGAUAAACUUAGAAUGGGCAAAGGAACUGCAUUGUGAUAUAAUAAAGCAAGGGUAUGAUUUUGCUCAAGUUGUGGGUAAUGCUCUUGUUGAUGCAUAUGCCAAAUGUGGAGCAAUGGAGGAUUCACUAAAACAAUUUGAAAACAUGGAAAUUCGGGACAUAGUAACUUGGAAUACUAUUAUUGCUGCAUCUGGUCAUUCUAAGGAUAGUAAUCUAGGUUUCAGAAUGGUCAGUAGGAUGAGAAUGGAGGGACUGAUGCCAGAUAUACCUACGUUAUUAAGUACCUUGCCUUUGUGUUCCUUGCUUAUUGCUAAAAGACAAGGGAAGGAGAUGCAUGGCUGCAUUUUCAAGUUGGGUUUUGAAUCAAAUAUUCCAAUUGGCAAUGCUUUGAUUGAAAUGUAUUCUAACACUGGUUGUUUAAAGAAUUCAGUAUUGGUAUUUGACAAAAUGAAAAAAAGAGAUGUAGUUACAUGGACAGCAUUGAUUUCUGGAUAUGGAAUGUACGGUGAAGGAAGGAAAGCUCUUAAAAUUUUUGAGGAGAUGAAGGCGGCUGGUGUUGUUCCUGAUCACAUCGUGUUUGUUGCUAUCAUAUAUGCAUGUAGCCAUUCUGGUUUGGUGGAAGAAGGGCGGGCUUGUUUUAAUCAAAUGAAGAAAGACUACAAUAUUGAGCCCAGGCUUGAACAUUAUGCUUGUGUAGUUGACCUUCUGUCACGGUCUGGCCUCUUAGCCGAAGCAGAAGAGUUUAUUUUUUCCAUGCCAUUACAACCAGAUGCAAGUAUAUGGGGGUCUUUACUUAGUGCUUGCAGAACAAUAGGAGACAUCGAGAUUGCAGAAAGAGUGUCAGAGCGCAUCUUUCAAUUGAACUCAGACGAUCCGGGAUAUUACGUUUUAGCUUCAAAUGUGUAUGCUUCCUUGGGAAAGUGGGACCAAGUGAGGAUGAUACGAACAUCCUUAAAAGCUAGAGGACUCAAAAAGGAUCCUGGAUGUAGCUGGGUGGAGGUUCAAAAUGGGGUUUACUAUUUUGGGUCUGGCAAUCAGUUCUUUGAACAAUACAAGGAAGUCAAUAAGUUGCUAGAGGUUUUUUCGGGACUAAUGGCCAAGGAAGGCUAUGUUGCUGAUAUUAAAUUUGUUUUGCAUGACAUAGAGAAAGAUGAGAAAAUGGACAUGCUUUGUGGCCAUAGUGAAAGGCUUGCCAUAGCAUUUGCAUUGUUGAACACAGAGCCUGGUACUCCUUUGCAGAUAAUGAAAAAUCUCCGUGUAUGCGGGGAUUGCCACACUGUGACGAAGCACAUAUCAAAGAUUGUCAAACGGGAAAUAUUAGUCAGAGAUGCCAAUCGCUUUCAUUUAUUUAAGGAUGGAACAUGUAAUUGUGGAGAUCACUGGUGAAAAAUAAUUGGAGGCAUAUAGUUUUUGAUGGAGAAAGGUCUUUUAUUCUGGAAGCAUCUUCAUAAUAGAUGCUUGGCUUUUGGAUCUCAGAAUCAUGCUUCUUUCAGUAACUUCAGAUGAAAACGGUUAUAGAACUUAUGGUUCAGACAAUGUCAUCUCUCUUGCCAGUUUUUAUUAGACCAUUUCUUACGUUGAUGUUCAGAUGUCAAGAAAAGUAGACAUAUCUCCUCCUUAGUUUGAGGAGGUAAUUGGUCACUUCGAGACUACCAUUGACAAAAAGGUGACUCAUCUCGCCUUUCUGCAGUUUAUACUCUUUCUACUUAGUAAGAUAAAUUAUAAAUGAUAGUCUAUAUGAAUUAUUUAACUAGAAUCUGAAAAAUUGCAUCAAUGUUGCAUCGAUCGAGAAACUACUCAUAGCAUCUUUUGUUAACCAGUCUACUGAUUCACGCUGUCAUGGAAGGAUCUGUUAUUACUUUAGAAACCAGCUCGCUGAAUGUUCACUUAUUUAUUUUUAUCUUCUAAUGCAUGAAACCUACCAUCUUUGGCAAUUUAUAUUGCUUUCUUCAUAGUUAUGGUGCCACCUAAUAAGUCACUGUUUUUUAGAAGUUCAAGAAACCAAGAUGAUUGUUCAACAAGAUUAUUCUGUAAACUAGAUGUUAUAAUAAUCAGAUUUGAUGACUACUAUAAUCUAUUACUUGUUGCAUGUGAUAAUGCUUAGGUAAUCUCAAUGACUCGUACAAUUAAUGCGAUUAAGAUUUUAUUAGUUGGAUUGUAUUUCAUGACCGCUGACAUUUAAGGUAGACAAGUAAGAAUGCUCAAACAAUUUCACUUUCUAAUGCCUUCAAGAUUUCAUGACACUAACAAGAGUUCACUGACUACUCCGGACUUGGAUUACCUGUUGUGACGAUGGAAUGAAACUUAAUUAUUUAAGUGUCCUUGUGCUGAAUGAAAUUUUACGUGGUGCUGUACAGUGCAUUCCAAUUGCACUAGUGCUUCGACUAAAGUCCACACUUCUGCUGCCAAGUUAAGCUAUUCACAUAUUUGUAUUAUAGCAACAAUAUGAUUUGCCCCCCAGGGCACUUCUCCACUGG